AUGGAGAGUACCACUUCUGAGAAUGCCGACGAGAACACCGACGAAAAUCCUAGCUUUGCCCAGCAACGAAAGGAUACGAAACCAAAGGAAGGCUUAUGGGAGAAGCAGAUGUUUGUGGACCAGUCGCUGAGAAGCAUGGCUGCAUUCAUGGUUGCGCUUGCAACCAUCAUGGUUGUUUCAUGUAUCUCGCUUGCCCCCAAGCUCAGUAAGGGUGACCUCAGAACGACGUCGAUUCCUAUCGUCAGUGGUUCGCAAGGUGAUAUGAACGCGAUAUGCGAGGUGACUUUGCCCCAAACCUUUUGA